AUGGGCAACUGCCAGGCAAGCGAGGUACCUACUGCGGAGGAAAUGGUCGUGAAGUCCCAGCCCAGGGCCAACGACGAUGCCCAGGAGGAGGUCUCGACGCAGUCCCCGGCCCCGUCCAUGGAAAUUGACUCCACCCCACCCACUGCUCCGGAAGUCGAUGCGGCUGUGCCGGAAGUCGGCGCCGCCGCAGGGGACGCCACAGCUCCGGCCCCGGCGGAAGCGGAAGCCCCGGCGGAGCCGGCGGCAGAAGCCGAGGUGAAGCCCGUGGUUCACGAGACAAGGUUUGGACUCUUGCUGGAAAAAUUCCGAGCCUGCGAACUGCGGGACGAGUCCGGCGCCCUCACGGACAUCGACAUGGCCAAGUUCUUCGAGGCCUGUGAUCUGUAUCGCGACAUGCUCUCCAAGCUGGGCUCCGCGGCUGGCAUCGUCUUGAAGGAUAUCGAGGGCAACCUGAAGAAGGCCCAGGUGGUCUACAAGGAAGCACCGGAAGCGAGACAGACCUUGUCCGGCUACCUGAAAGCUUCUUCCGUUGAGGGCGUCACCUGGCUAUUGAGGGGUGUGGAGUUCUUCAUGACGAUGAUCAACUUGAUGUUCAUCGAGGAGAAGAAGGGCAAUGCCGGGGUGGAGGCCUACAAGCAGACUUUGAUGCAGUACCACGGCUGGAUGCUCCAGAAGACCGUGAAGCUUGGCAUGCGCGCCAUGCCUGGUAAGGAGGGCAUCAUCAAGUCCGAAGGCCUCAUCAUAG